AGUCUAACUCUAUUGUUUUAUAACUUUUCAUUAUAGUUUUGUAAAAGAAAUUAUUUCCGUUUUAUUUUCCCCAAAAUCUUCGCUUUCUUUGAGUUGCGGACUACCUGUGUCGGCGCGUCUCUGUUGCUAUGUGAUGACGUCAUAAUAGGCACAAACGACCAAGAAAACAUGGCAUAUCCCGUAUUUUGACUUGAAAAAACUCAACAAAAACAACUUAAAGUCAUAUUUAAAAAAUGUAUACCGUUAUGGUAUGCUUCAAAGAAAGACUGAUAAAUGUUUUGUGCUAUCAAAAUGGAUUUAUAUUUGAAAAUAUGACCAGAAAUUGAGCCUAAAAAGAUGCGAAGUCCUCGUGCAGCACAAGUUUGUUGUGAUAGUUCUCUGUGUCAACAUCCAGAUUGUUGGCGUUUAAAUUUACAGCGAGUAAGAGAAGCAGUAUGGCGUAGAAAUGGCAUUGAAUCUGAAGAAUCCUCUACGACAAGAUCAAUGAAUGUUGACCAAGUGUAUUUGACAAAAGAGCAACGUUUGGAGUCAACUGAUGGUGGACUACCUACUCUCAAGGUAGUUGAUAUGUUCAGUGACCUUGAUGAAAGGAUAAAUAGUGCCCCUAACAGGCAGUUGAAACAACCGAACCUUCACAGACGAUCCACCUUGCUACCAUCACUCUCUCCAGACCAAAGCCAACCAACUGUUUCUCCCCAAAUGCCCCACCCAUCACCUAUUAUUUCACCAUCAGCAAGAACAGAAUAUCAAAGAAAAAUGCUGUGGAAAAAACAGUUUACCAACCCAUCAAGGGCAGAGACUUCAAUAAGUAGAGAAAGUGGGAAUACAGUUAAAGUAGCAACUAUUGGUGUACAUGAGGUGUAUGAACCAGAAGAACUAUGCCAGGAAUGGGAAGAAGUGUAUGUUACUUCAGCUUAUCUUGUGUGGUGUCCUUCCAAUAAAAAGAAGAGAAAGAAAAGAAAAGGAUCAAGUGGGAGUUCAAGGUCUUCCAUUACAAAACCAAAUUCUAAUAAGGUUAUACCAAAAGAUGUGACUGAAGACUUUGUUCCUGCUGCAAUGGAAACCAUAAAAGAAAUUCCUCCAAAGUCCACUAAGACGCCAACUGGUGGCCAGCCAUACUCACCACACAAGAGCCCUGCUAAUCAAACAAACCUCAAACACUAUGGGAUGGAUGAUCUGUCAGAUUUACCAAGACCUAUUCUCUCUGGGAUGUUGAAAAGGAUUACACAGAGAAGUAAUGAAGUCACUCCAGAACAAGACCCCAGAAAAGAGCCUAAGAUGGCUUCCAGCCCAACAAGUGAACCAAUUACCAAAACCAAAAAGCUUCUGGAUGGCGUAGACCUCUCUGCAGACUUUGACAGCGUGGUGGCCAAAGAGGAGAGAGCAUCCAAAGUUCGCCUUGCAGUUGACAUUAAUUCUCGGUUUACAACUCCAGCAGAAGAUGAAGCAUUAGAAAAACAAAAGGAAAUGGAGAAAAGUGAAAAGGAAAAGCAAGAAGCUGAAGCGCACCCAACAAAUGUCCUAGACUUGGUCAAAAAGGGUGAUUACAAGCCUGCGCAGUGUAAGUCAAGUCGUGAAUUACUCCGUUUAAACUCUAUUGGUGUUCCAGUUGAAGACCUUCCUUCUCCCAAAUCUCAUCAUUGUAUGAGUUCUAUUCCAAGAAGACUGAGUUUGGGCGCGUCCCUUGAGCCAGUGAAUAUAGUACCAAUUGAAGGAUGUCCUACCAACACCCCCCCUAAUGAACCACAGGCUACCCAAGUAGCAAAAUUCGAUGAAAUAAAAUCAAAGAAAUCACAGAAAAUAAAUGAGUUCUUYGUGGAUAUUCCUCAUGGUCGUGCUAGCUCUGCUUUGGAACGAAGCCCGUAUUAUGGUGAAGUGGAUAGACUCUACGUUCACCAAUCAUUCAGGAACUCCCCUUCACCAGUUAGGGCACCUGCGCCAACGCCCAGCAGUCCAGACAAGUACUCAGAGUUUUUCCGGCAACAUUCCCGUGUUUCACAAGCUCAUCGCAGUACCUCCUUACAAGAAGACGACAUGCUUGCAUCAAUGCAAAGAUGGAAUACCUUAAGCUAUGUGGGUGAUACAGAGGAGCCUGCUCGCCUUGAAGGGCUUGCCGAGGCUCCGAUUUCUAUACUAAGGGGGAGUCCUGCAGGAAGACGAUUUGUAGAAGCAGACAAGGAUCAGGACGUGUCAGAAGAAAGAAUUUUCUUGACCGAAGGUUUUGAAGCAACACAAGAUCGUCAUAAUACACCAGAUACAGGAUUUUUGGUAGAUGACAAGAGGGUUCUGAAGGGACCGCCUUCAGACACGAGGGGUCGAAGCCCCAGUCCUGGAAGCCGUACACGCAUUCCUAAAGACAUCAUUGAAGAGUUUCGUGGUAAUCUCUACGGAAAGCAAUUGCCUAAAGAGGAAUCCAAGGCCAAACAAAAAGCAUUAGGUUCAAAAUCCAGGGAAAUUGUUCUUGGUCCUAAAAUCACAGUGUCUGGAUGGCGUCCUCCAAGAUCAAGGACCCCUAUUCCGUUUGCUGAAACUCCUGCUCGCUUUGCUCCUCGACCUCUUAAACAACCUCCUCAAGAAUCCGUGCCUAAGUCGUUACAUAUUGUCCCAAUCCCUACCCAGAACUUUCAACGACCAAGGAGUACUCCUCCGAGAAUUACCACUCCAAAGUCAAAUUAUAUAGCGCAAGUGCUAUCAGAAUCUUCGCUUCAUAAUACUGGUACAUCUAUAGAGGUACAUGGUCCUUCAACUAACCUCAGUGAUACUGGAUCAGUACCCCCUCCUCCCUCCCCUGAGGCUCUUAUUUUACCUAAUGACCUCAACAUGGCCGUGUCGACACUGGAGCCUUUGUGUGAAGAAGAUGAACGUAGUAGUCGGACAACUAGUAUUGCUGAGUUCGUUGAAAAGGGCACUGGUAAUCCUAGGUUGUCCCCACUUGGAGGUGGAAGUGAGAUCAGUGAAGAAUCAAUCGAUCUUCCAAAAGAACUGUGCGAAGAUCCUGAGGAUGUUAAGGAAGAAGAUGAUAAGGAGGUACCAGAAAACCAGGAAGAAAAUGAUGGUGGGUCUGACCACAAUAACACAAAGUCCCAGGUUGACCAGGACAAUGCUACAGAUGUAAAACAACCAGAACAGCCUGAAGAACAAGUACAGGAAGAUGAAGGGUUAAACAACGAGAAGACUGAAGAUAAAGUACAACAAAACGAUAACGAAGUGUCGUCUACACCUGUACCAGAUACCAUUGAUAAAAAUGAGCUUCAAGCUACAGAAUUAACCCAAGGCACUGAUGAUCCCUUAGAGGUAACACAAACCUUUGAAUCCGAAGAACCACGCCCACUAGUAUCUCCUCAAGCGAUCUCUCCUAGGCAUGGCUCACCCGAGACAGCACCUCAACCUCCAGCCUCACCAGAUAUAACAUCUGAUCAAGACUUUACAGAAGGUGUUGAUAUGGACUUGGAUCUUACUGCUCAGCUACAGGCUGCUAUGGAGGGAUUAGAUGAUUUUGAUCUAGAUGAUGAUGAUGGGGAUGACAAUGUUAAUACCAGGGAUGAGGACGACAAUAUUAAUAUUAUUGAAAAUAGACAAGACGAAGGAGAUAAAAAUAGUGAUCCCAUUGAUGAGGAAAAUGAGAAGAACAAGGUCCAUAAUGGCGACAAAAACCAUGAUACUAAUGAUACUGAUGAUGGAAAAACUGAUAGCAAUAAUGACGAAAAUACGGACCAUACUAUUGAUAAAGAAAAUGACGUAAAUAAGGUUGAUAGUGAUGACAAAAUGAUUCAAGAUGUCAACAAUGAUAACAGUGAUAAUGAUGAAAGUGACGUAGCUCAAAGCAAUUUGGACAAAGUCGAUCAAGAAGAGAAUUAUUUUGACAGAACAUCACCAUUACUAGAGGCAUAACUUUGUAUCAAUAUAUAUACUAGUCAACCAAAAAUCAUUCAGUAAAAAUAGAAAGUAAUCAAAUUAAUUUGAAUAAUAUUUGUACAAAAUGAUUGGUUGAAAUAUUUGAUGCAAUUAAGUGAUUCUAUUUUUUUACUAUUUUUGAACCAGCUGAUUAUAAUUUAUCUGAAUAAAAUGAAUACAAUGAAUAUUUUAGUGUUUAUAAGUUAUAAGCUUUGCUGUAGUAAAACCUAAAUUACCAUUAAUAUAGGUAACAGGAUUACAUGUUGUCCAAUUUGAAAAUAAGUAGGUUUUAAAAAAAUAGAGAGGAAUAUGUUUAAAUUGGACAGGCAUGUAGGCGGGUGCUAUUGAAGGUUAAUGAUAUCUAAAUUAUCAAUUUAUAUGCCAAACUUAUAAAAUUAGUCCAAAUAUAACAA